UUGACCUCUGUACAGCCAUAGUUGAAUGUUGGGAAAAAAAGCUUCCUUGAUCUUGAGGUCCUCUGUGUUUCGUAGCGACUUUGAACAGGUCUGGAAGAGUCGGAUUUAAAAAGGGAAACAUAAACGGCACUGUGAUGUCAGAAUAAAACUGGUAAACAACUUACAGGUUUUCUUGCAUCAUGGUCUUGUGAAUAAACAUCUUCAAAAUCCCACACAGGAAACAGAAGAGGAAAAUGAACACUGCUGUAUUUGUGACGGUUUUUAUAUGCUUGGCCAGUGCAUUGUCAGCAGGUGCAGGAUGCCAACCUGUUGACAGCAGCUCAAUCAAUGACAUCCAAAAGCUGAGCCGUCGUUAUGCUGAAUCAACCAUUGCGAGUGACAUCAGUAAAAUCAUGGACUCCAUGGUUCAGAAGAACUUUGUUAACUUUCUGCUCAAUCAGAGAGAGAAGAAGAGCGAACCAACUUUAUUGGGUGAUGAUCCAGACUACCGCAUCUUCAAUGAUCUGCUGAAAAAGGAGUUCAUGGUGUGGGUUCACAGUAAAGGAGAUGGUUUCAAAAACCAAUAAAGCUAGACGGAGUUUGCAGUGGAGAAUAGAAUCCGGCUCUGUUUUCAAGCUUACUGCUUUCUGAUCAUUUAUUCUUAACUAUCUUGUAAUGUCUCUGAAUGAAUAUCUAACAAUAAAAUUGUUCUUCAAAAUAAAAAUAUGUUAAAUAAUUGUAUUAUUCAUAUAAAUAUUGCCACAUGGGGAACUGUAUUUGUCAUUUCGCUUAUGUCCUUCUGAAACCUCAUAUCUCCAUAUUUUUUAUUUUUAGCCAAUAUCUAACCAAUAAAAAGCGUUAUUUGUGCA